AAUUCAUUUUCUUUUUGUAAUUUAAGUUGGAUUUUUUACUUGGAUUGGUCAACAAAAAUUCAAAUUCAGCAUCUAUAUUGUAUUGCCUCGAAAAUCCAUCGAAAUCCCACUUCCUUCAAUCCACACAUCUUUCUCUUCUUCACAUCUGCAGAAACAUUUCUCGACAAGCAUCCCAUUUCUCCAUCGCAUGCAUCAAAAAGAUUGAAUCUUUCACCAUUGCACACAAAAAAGUUUGAAUUUUGAAAAGAAGAAAUGAACAAGUGCAGCAUUGAAACAUUCAUUUGCUGCUUCACUCUCUGCAUUCCUCUCACUUGUUCAUUGAACUCGGACGCCCUCGCCCUCCUAGCACUGAAAGCCGCAAUAUCGGAAGACCCCGGAAACGCCGUCGUUUCAUGGUCCUACUCCGAUUCAUCUCCAUGCAAAUGGGCUGGGAUCAUCUGCGACAGUGCUCACAAUAGAGUCACCUCCAUCUCACUCUCCGGAAAGAAUCUGACGGGCUACGUUCCAUCAGAAAUCGGCGCGCUUGCUUCUCUCGCUUUUCUUGACCUCUCGCGGAACUCUUUCGGUGGACCUCUGCCGCACCAGAUUGCCAGUCUUCAAAGCCUCGUUCAUCUCGAUAUCUCGUCGAAUAAUUUCAGUGGCUCUCUACCCCAAGGGCUGAUCAAUUUGGGGAACUUGAGGGGGACAUUGAAUCUAUCGUGCAAUUCAUUUUCCGGUGAGAUUCCGGCGAGUUUCGGCAAACUGCCGAUGACGGUUAGUCUUGAUUUGCGGCGGAAUAACCUCAGCGGAGAAAUACCUCAGGUUGGAUCGCUGCUGAAUCAGGGGCCGACUGCGUUUUCGGGAAACCCUUUUCUCUGCGGAUUUCCGACCAACACGUUGUGUGCAGAGGCGGAAACUGGGAAUAUUCCAAUCAAUCCUCGAAAACCUGAGAUUUCUUCAAAAAAUGGGGAGAUGAAAAGUGGGAUGGUGACGGUUUCAGUUAUCUGUGGAGUUUCAGUGGCGGCGAUGGGGAUGGUGUUUGUGUCAGUGUGGUUGGUGAAGAGGAGGUGGAAGAUGGAGGAGAAAAUGGACGCAAGCAUGGGAGACAAGGGUCAAAAGGGUAAAUUCGUGGUAGUUGAUGAAGGCUUUGGUUUGGAGUUGGAGGAUUUGUUGAGGGCGUCGGCUUAUGUUUUGGGGAAGAGUAGGAGCGGCAUAGUGUACAAGGUUGUGCUCCCCGGAGGGGUGGCGGCCACCGUGAGGCGGCUGGGCGAGGCGGCGUCGUGGCGGCUGAAGGAGUUCGAGGCGAUUGCCAAGGUGCGGCGGCAUCCCAACCUUGUGAGCCUCAAGGCUUAUUACUAUGCCACCGAUGAGAAGUUGGUCGUUGAGGAUUUUAUUGGGAAUGGAAGCUUGCACAAUGCAUUGCAUGGAAGCAUGAGUGGCAAUGGCAUGCCUCCAUUAUCAUGGGCAGCAAGGCUGAGAAUUGCACAGGAGGCAGCAAGAGGCCUAAUGCACAUCCAUGAAUGCAGCAGCAGAAAGCAGGUCCACGGCAGCAUCAAGACGUCGAAGAUCCUCCUCGAUCACGAUCUGAAGCCCUACAUCUCCGGAUUCGGCCUGCCACGCCUCGUAUUCACUCAGAAAUGCGACGUCUACUCCUUUGGCGUGGUGCUGCUGGAGAUCCUAACGGGGCGGCUGCAAGAGGAGGAGAGCCUCGUGAGGAGGGCCUUUCGCGAGGAGAGACCGCUGUCGGAGAUCAUAGACCCCUCUCUUCUGCAUCAGCUUCGACCAAAGAAACAGAUUCUUGCUAUGUUUCACAUUGCACUCAGCUGCACGGAAAUGGAGCCUCACUUGAGACCAAAGAUGAGAAUGGUUUCUUACACUCUUGAUUGCAUCAAAUUGGAGUCACAAAUACUAGACUAAGGGGGUAUUCGGUUUAGUGGAUUGGACGACAUUUAAUUUCAUGAUAUAUUGUUUGGUUAGGUGAAGCCGGCCUCAUACUUAGUCCGGAAAAAAUGUCAUAUAAAAUUAGUCUUGUCUUAUGAAUUUUGGCCUCUCGUGUAACAAAAUUAAUUUUCAAUAAAUCUUAAAUAAUUCCCGAUUAAAUUA